AGAGCAUAGUCUCUGAUCCUUGUGGAGUACUCCUUAGCAGUUCUUUGGCACCAUUGACAUUACUCAGCGAACUUAAAUGGGGAAUGUGAUCGGCUCGUUUCUUUCAGGAGUUGGUAACGUUAUCAAUAAUCUGCUUGGCUCUCCACUCAAUUUUCUUUCUGGAAAAUCCUGCAGCUCAGCAUGUGGCUCAACAUGGGAUUUCAUCUGUUACAUAGAGAAUUUCUGCGUUGCUCAUCUGUUGAAGUUGGCUAUGGUUUCAGUUCUUUUCUACUUUGUUCUCUUAUUCUUGUAUUCAUUAUACAAAUUGGGCGUUUGCCGAUGUUUUGCCCGGACACUAUGCAAAACGGUAUGGGCAUGCUUUGCUACAUGCUUCUUCACGGUUGAGCAUGGUUGCACUUUCCUUUGUUAUAAGCUUCCAAAGCUUAAGCGGAAAUACAGAAAGCGUAAAAGAGAUAUCAAACGGUUCAAUUCAAGCAGUACCGAUGAAGAAGAUAGAACAUUUCCCUAUCAUGUACCUAGACACAUGGAGGACAAAAGAUCAUUGUCUCGUCAUUGGAAGGACUACAGAGGAGAUCACUUGAGAAGAUCUUUGAGGCCUAGGAGUCACCGUGUUCGAGUGGGGAUUAGAGGGGAUUCAGUUCAUGUGAACAAGAGAAAUUCCAUGAAGUAUGGUCAUCAUGGUAGAACAGUUCAUGACAUUAGAGUGACUAGAACAUCUCAAUUUGCACAAAAAGGUGCUAAUUACAAGGGCUCAACUCGUCGGAUGAGAAGGAAAGUGAAAGUUCCAUGACAUGUGAAUCAAAUGCCACCAAGAGAAGUGCAAGUUUUAACUGGUAUGUAAUCUUCACCCUCCUUGGAAUUGUUUUACAAAACUGUUUUGAAACUGAUUUUGCAAGUUGUUUUUUCUGCUUCUGAAGCUAUUUCAUGUUAUAAAGUAAAUAGCUUUACACACACAUUAUGACUUUGUAGGAGCCCACUUUUAGGUAUCAAUUUGAUAUGGUUUGCAGUUCUGUUAAGACAGCUAAUGCAGGCUUAGCUGUCAUAAAUCAUUGAAGAAAACAAGAAUAAUGAUAGCUUGAUAUAUGUUGCUGGACCGAUGUCCUAUAAGAAAAAUAAUAUAAAAGUUUA